UUUUUCUACUCAUCCUUCUCUUUCGGUGCAAUCUAGCAGCAUUACUCAAAAUUUGUCACCCAAAAGUGUUCAGCACAAUACAAUGAGAAUGCUACCACGUUCCCCUAACCCUACUAUACCCGAUUCAAAUUCUCAAUCCUCUAUAUAUGGUAAUCAGAGUCAAACUGUUAACUCUACCAAUCUAAAUCAAACGCAGGCUACAGCGCAGAUCGGACAAUUUUCUAAAAUUAAUUCUAAAGAUCAUUUAAUUUCAAAUACUACAAUUACAGGUUUUUCUCAGUCAUCGACACAGUCUACCAUAUCAACAGAAUUGUCGUCGACAGCUAGCAUUCAUAAUACUGUACUUGAUCCUUAUAAACAGUCACCACAAACAGCAAAUGAUGCUACAUCAUUGACAUCGAUUAAACCUAAUUCUCUAAUUGGUCAUUUAGAUUCUAUGCAACGAAUAACAUCACAAGAAAAUACGAAUGAUUCUUCAAUAUUGCCCACUAUAGAAAACCAGAAUUCAUAUACAUCAAAUAUACAAAUGGCUGUUGAACCAAGAAAUAGCUCAUCGACUA